AUGACAUUUGCAUGGUUUGUUAAAAAAGAAACAUCUUUGCAAAAUAACUACAAGGAGUGCAAAAGUCUACACGUAGAAAGCCUCUUACAGUGUGCGAGUCUCUCUAAGGAAACUAAAAGUGUGACUUUCUUUUACGUUCCUUCUACAAAGUUUUGUCAUUGGGAUUGUACCAUCAUCUACUGUCCACUCUGCUCAGAAAACCUUACCAGUGAAUGGAAACACUAUGAGAUAUACUCCAGAAGGAACGCUGCCUUUCGACAGUCGGCAUAUUCUUCGUCCACAUUUCCUUAUGACAGCGGCAUUUAUGCAGCACAUUAUGCUGUCGAUGGGGAGAUUCUAAACCGACAAAGUGCUUAUCAGUGUACACUUACAAACUUUGAAUCAAGGCCCUGGAUUCAGAUUCAUUUAGGAGGACAUUAUCUCAUCUCUUUUGUAAGGUUGUACAAUAGGCAGGAUGGAGAGGGAUAUCGCCUUCACGAUGUAACAUUGUGGGUGUUCCAGGAUGACCAUAAUUUCACAACUUGUGGAUUCUUUAAAGGGCCAGGGCUAACGAAGCAAGUGGUGGACAUAUUAUGUGAAGAUACUGUGCCUAGAAACAUUGUUAGACUACAGAUUACAGAGGGAUCACAUAAUAUUCUAUGCUUGUGUGAGGUGGAAGUAUAUAUUUUGUAAUAAAGAAAAUACCAGCAAAAACAACAAUAUUUUUUAUUUAUUGUUUAAUACAAAAUUCAUAUUUUAUAUGGAGAAAUCCUCG